UUUGCAUUUGCUUUUCGCUGAUUAGCAUUCUAGGAAAUGAAGGGCCUUUUGAAACCCUACUUUUGACUUUGUCUUGAUUUACUUUUACCAACUGAAUUCAAGUUUGGGUUCAUUUGGGGCACCUGCACCCCACUAGUAGUUCUCUCCUUCUUCCUUUAAAUGUUAUUGAUCUCUAGUCCGGGGGCUGGCUGUCUCCUGGCCUGUCACCCCCAUCCUCUGUAGUGUACGGAUGCAACAUCUCAGUAGGAUUGUGACUAGAUGGAACCUGCUUCAUUGCAGUGUUCAUCAAAUACAUCCAAUUCUUUGAUGUCUUGUUUUUGAGUCCUCUGGAGGCAGGACAAAAAUAUUUCUUAGAGAUAGGGUCCAUCCCAUCCUGCUGGCUGGCUGAAUAGAUCUUGGAGAACAUUUAUGUUCAACUGUGGGGUUUUUUGGUGCCUUGCCCCCAAGACGAUAAAGUCUGGAUUCCCAUGUAAGAAGGGAGUGUGAAGCUGCUUGGGAGUUUUCUUAAGGUCCAGGGCUGGUACCUGAAUGCUGAACCCUGAACCCGAGAUGGAUGAUUUUAUUGAUGACAUGAUAUACAAAAAACUGCAGCGGCAUAAACUGGAAAAGAUGCGGGGGAGGCUUUUAAAGAUAAAGCCGAAACUAGAAAAGUUUUCGCAAGACCUUUGUUUCAUGGCAGACAAAAUCGACAAGAUUCACAAGGACUGCACCAUUACCAACGUAGUGGCCAGCUCGGCCGGUGCUGUCUCGGGCGUCCUGAGCAUCCUGGGGAUUUCGCUUGCACCUGUCACGGCGGGGGCCAGCUUGGCCCUCUUUGCAACUGGGUUGGGAUUGGGAAUAGCUGCUGGUGUUACUGGUGUUUCUGCAAAUAUCGUUGAUCACGUGAGUCACUCCCAGGGGAGGAAAUAUUUAAACGAAGUUAAAAAAUCAGAUGCGGCCAUGAAAGGUCUAGCUAAGGAAGCAAACAGGCUUAUAAAGGAGGUUACCAAAUUCUUCCCAAAAGACCUCUCAUUCUCGGACAAGGCGGCCUCGAAUUUUGGGACCUGGAGACUUGGGGCAGCUGGCUGUCAGUCCGCCAACGCUUUUCAGAGAGCUGUAUUGUCCAUGUCUAAAGGAGCCAGGAUAGGGGGUUCUGUAUUGGUGGGAAUUUUUGUUUUACUGGAUGUGGCUACCAUUGUGAAAGAUUCAAGACAUCUGUUAAAAGGGGCUAAGAGUACAACAGCAGCAGAAUUGAGGGAAAAAGCUCAAACUUUGAAAGAGAGGCUGCAGGAGCUUUCUACGCUUUGUGAGGACCUCCAGGAAACACUCAAUUGAUAACCUCAAAGCAGUGGGCCACGGCAGAGGGUCUUUGGAGGGGAAUAAAAAGAACCUUAAAAUAGGCUCAGAUUUGUGGGAAAUAGUUUUUGGAGAGAAA